GAGCGCUCUCCCAGGUCCAGUGGCUGUCGCGGCCACAUCUGAAAAAAGGUAGUCUGUCGGUGUCGAAUUAGCGGGGCGCAGCCGGGGAAAGGGCGCCGUGGUCGCCAUGGCUCGGCACAGGAACGUCCGAGGCUACAACUACGAUGAAGAUUUUGAAGAUGAUGAUCUCUAUGGCCAGUCUGUAGAGGAUGAUUAUUGUAUUUCUCCAUCAACAGCUGCUCAGUUUAUUUACUCAAGACGUGACAAACCACCAUCAUUCGUUGAGCCAGUAGAAGAAUAUGACUAUGAAGAUACAAAAGAAUCUACAAACUCUGUUUCUAAUCACCAGCUUAGUGGGAUUGAUCAAGCUCGUCUUUAUUCAUGCCUUGAUCACAUGAGAGAGGUACUUGGAAAUGAUGUCUCAGAUCAGAAACUGAUUGAAGCAGUGCUACAGAACAAAUUUGAUGUGCAGAAAGCAUUAGCAAUGGUGCUUGAUCAAGAUAAAAAGCAGGCCAUGAGUGAGGAUGCUGUCUCUGUGGGAAAGGCAACAAAAGGAAAAGCAGUAGAUCCUCUGUCAUUUCGAAGUGAAUCUGAAAUUGUGCCAAAAGUUACCAAAAUGACUGUAUCUGGGAAGAAGCAAACUAUGGGAUUUGAAGUUCCUGGAGUGACUGCUGAAGAAAAUGGCGAUAGUGUCCACACACCUCAUAAAGGACCUCCUAUUGAAGAUUCCAACAUUGCUUCUUCUGGUAUUCUUGAACCAGUUUCUAAAUCAGCUCUUCCAUCCCACACCAUUCAGGCAUUAGAAGAACAGACAACGCCAACACCAGUGAAAAAGUCUAACAAGCUGAAGCAGCAAAUAGAUGUGAAGGCUGAAUUGGAGAAGAGGCAAGGGGGAAAGCAGCUGCUCAACUUGGUGGUCAUUGGUCAUGUGGAUGCUGGGAAAAGCACUCUUAUGGGUCAUCUGCUUUAUCUCCUGGGCAAUGUAAAUAAAAGAACUAUGCACAAAUAUGAACAAGAAUCUAAAAAGGCUGGUAAAGCCUCCUUUGCUUAUGCAUGGGUCUUGGAUGAGACUGGAGAAGAAAGAGAAAGAGGUGUUACAAUGGAUGUGGGUAUGACAAAGUUUGAGACCAAGACCAAAGUUAUUACAUUAAUGGAUGCUCCAGGUCAUAAGGACUUCAUUCCAAAUAUGAUUACAGGAGCUGCCCAGGCUGAUGUUGCUGUUUUAGUUGUGGAUGCCAGCAGGGGGGAGUUUGAAGCUGGGUUUGAGACUGGAGGACAGACACGAGAACAUGGACUCUUGGUUCGUUCUCUUGGAGUAACACAGCUGGCAGUUGCAGUUAAUAAAAUGGAUCAGGUUAAUUGGCAGCAAGAAAGAUUUCAAGAGAUUACUGGCAAACUUGGACACUUCCUUAAGCAGGCUGGUUUUAAGGAAAGUGAUGUGGCCUUCAUCCCUACAAGUGGUCUCAGUGGAGAAAACCUAAUUACAAAAUCUCAAUCAAGUGAACUAACAAAAUGGUAUCAAGGACAGUGUUUGUUAGAACAAAUUGAUUCUUUCAAGCCUCCACAAAGAUCUAUUGAAAAACCGUUUAGAUUAUGUGUAUCUGAUGUUUUUAAAGAUCAAGGAUCUGGAUUUUGUGUGACUGGUAAAAUUGAAGCUGGUUAUAUCCAGACCGGUGACCGACUGCUUGCAAUGCCUCCUAAUGAAACUUGUACUGCAAAAGGAAUCAUGCUACAUGAUGAACCAGUUGAUUGGGCUGCAGCAGGAGAUCACGUUAGUCUCACCUUGGUUGGUAUGGAUAUCAUCAAAAUCAAUGUUGGUUGUAUUUUCUGUGGUCCCAAAGAACCCAUUAAAGCCUGUACCCGUUUCAGAGCUCGAAUCCUCAUCUUUAAUAUUGAAAUUCCCAUCACUAAAGGAUUCCCUGUGCUGUUACACUAUCAAACUGUAAGUGAACCUGCUACCAUCAGAAGAUUGAUUAGCAUCCUACACAAAAGCACUGGUGAGGUCACAAAGAAAAGACCCAAGUUGUUGACUAAAGGCCAGAAUGCUUUAGUAGAACUACAAACACAAAGACCUGUUGCUCUUGAAUUAUACAAAGACUUUAAAGAACUGGGGAGAUUUAUGCUGCGUUACAGUGGUUCUACUAUAGCUGCAGGUGUUGUCACUGAGAUAAAAGAAUGACAUUGGGAUCAGGACCUUAUCCUCUUACCAAAGGCCACGACUCAACUAGACCUCUGUUUUUAAAGAUUAUUGUUACUCCAGUUAAAGAAACAACCUGCAUUUUAGCAUUUAAAAUGAGGGAGAGAAAUUUAAGCUACAGUAGACUGCUGGAAAGUAUUAACAUUUUAUCCUGCAAAACCAAAUGCCAACUGACAAAGGAAUGCCACCAUUGCACCUUCAUUUCAAAAAUAUUUUUCCUAUGAAAUUUUAGUUAGAUGAAUGUAACUAUUCCAGAUUUAUGGAAAUUAUCAGAAAAUGAUUUUGAAGAUAUUAAAUCAUCAUGAAAUGGAGUAUUUCCAGCCAAAUACCAGAAUGUUUACAGUUUUUUCUUUUGAUUUGUGGAUUUACUGCACAUUCUUUUAGGAAUGGGUUAAAUUAGGCUGUUAGUGUAGUUAAAAGUUAACUUGGAUCUUUUUUCAAGUUGACUAAAGAAGAAUUUGCUGACAUUUCAGAAAAUGGCAUAUUGUGUUGAGCACAAAAAUGCCUCUCUUCCCAAAGUAAAGUUGAAAAUGUUUAAUUUGAAAUUGAUGGAAGCUGCUCCAAUGGUGACCACUUAUUUAAGAAAUGUAAAACAAAUAAUAAUAAAAUACCCUGGUUUGAGCAUAA